AUGGGGAUCCAGGAGUGGACAGUGAAAGAGGCAUACAUACCCUCAAAAUGUAGCCUUGGUGAGGGACCAUAUUAUUCAGAGGAGCGCCAUGAACUCCGGUAUAUGGAUAUCAACAAUAAGAAAUUGUUCAUCGUGGAUCUGGCCAAAGGUCCUGACUCCGUCAGAACAAUCGAUACCAAGAUGCCUAUCGGUGUGACUGCAAAUAUCGAGGGCGUGGACUCUUCAGAGGUCAUCUUGGUAGGCGCAAAGGAUGGUGUUACCAAGUUCAAUCUCAAGACUGGAGAACAUGAAUAUGUUGCGAAGUACUGGACCGGCGCUGAUGCGGAAGAUAAGACGAGAAGAUUGAGAUCAAACGACGGGGCAGUUGACACUCAGGGUCGAUUCUGGGUCGAGGCCUUCGUCGACCCUGAGAUCAGCGAACUCACCGAGGAGGGUGUACUCUUCCGACUUGACCACGACGGGACACUGCAUACCAUGCACGAGAAAAUGACCAUUCCCAAUGGCAUCACCUGGAACGCCAGUGACAGCACGAUGUUCUUGACGGAUUCGCCCGUGCAGAAUGUAUACGCAUUCGACUACGAUUCUAAGACCGGAGCAAUUUCCAACAAAAGAUUGUUCUUUCACUUGGACGAAGAAGGGAUACACCCCGAUGGGCAUGCCAUGGAUGUCGAGGGUAACAUUUGGCAUGCCUGUUACGGCGGUUCCAAGGUCAUUCGGAUAUCGCCCGAAGGUGUCGUUACCGGCAUUAUCCACCUACCAACACGCAAUAUCACCUGCCCAACGUUCGCGGGCACAGAGCUGUUCAUCACGAGCGCCAAAGAAGCCGAGCCUGAAAAGUAUCCCGAGUCUGACAAAUUCGCUGGAAAUUUGUUCAGGGUCGAGGUCGGCAUCAAGGGUAUGCCAAAGUAUCGAGCUCGCUUGGGAUAG